AGUAGCAUAAUGGAAACUAACUCAGUUUCCAAGUUACUUUCCUUGUUCUGCUUGGCGUUGUUUAUGGGUUUGGUCCAGUCUAGUGUGACUUACGAUCGGAAGGCUGUUAUCAUUAAUGGGCAGAGGAAAAUCCUCAUCUCCGGCUCCAUACACUAUCCGAGGAGCACCCCUGAUAUGUGGGGAGAUCUCAUACAGAAAGCUAAAGAUGGAGGGUUGGAUGUUGUAGACACCUACGUUUUCUGGAACGUACAUGAACCUUCCCCCGGCAAUUACAAUUUUGAGGACAGAUACGAUCUGGUUCGAUUCAUAAAGACGGUGCAGGGAGCAGGACUCUAUGUUCAUCUUCGCAUUGGCCCUUACAUUUGUGGAGAGUGGAAUUUUGGUGGGUUCCCUGUCUGGUUGAAGUAUGUUCCAGGUAUCAGCUUCCGAACGGACAAUGAACCCUUUAAGAUGGCAAUGCAAGGGUUCGUCCAAAAGAUUGUGCAGAUGAUGAAGAGUGAGAAGCUUUUUGAGUCCCAGGGUGGCCCCAUUAUUCUUUCCCAAAUUGAAAACGAGUAUGGGCCAGAGGGCAAGGCAUUUGGAGCUGCUGGUCAUGCCUAUAUGUCUUGGGCUGCAAAUAUGGCUGUUGGAUUGGGCACAGGGGUCCCAUGGGUGAUGUGCAAGGAAGAGGACGCCCCUGAUCCGGUGAUAAACUCAUGCAAUGGUUUUUAUUGCGAUGCCUUUACUCCCAACAGACCUUACAAGCCUACAAUGUGGACAGAGGCUUGGAGUGGCUGGUUCACGGAGUUUGGUGGUACAGUCCACCAGCGACCAGUUCAAGAUUUGGCAUUUGCAGUUGCUCGCUUCAUACAAAAGGGAGGUUCCUUUGUUAAUUACUACAUGUUCCAUGGAGGAACCAACUUUGGACGCACUGCUGGUGGCCCGUUUAUCACUACCAGCUAUGACUACGACGCUCCCAUUGAUGAAUAUGGUUUGAUCAGGCAACCUAAAUAUGGACAUUUGAAGGAGCUCCAUAGGGCUGUUAAGCUUUGUGAGCGAGCUUUAGUUUCAGCAGAUCCUAUUGUUACUUCUCUAGGAGACUUUCAGCAGGCCUAUGUGUUCUCUUCCAAGUCUGGAGAUUGUGCAGCUUUUCUCUCAAACAACAAUCCACGUUCUGCUGCAAGGGUGAUGUUCAAUAAUAUGCAUUACAACCUGCCACCUUGGUCUAUCAGCAUCCUUCCUGAUUGUAGAAAUGCAGUCUUUAACACUGCAAAGGUUGGAGCUCAGACAUCACAGAUGCAAAUGUUGUCCACUAAUGCUGAGUUGCUAUCCUGGGAAACUUAUGACGAAGAUGUUUCUUCACUUAAUGACAAUUCAGUGAUGACUGCUGUUGGUCUCUUGGAGCAGAUAAAUGUAACCAGGGAUACAAGCGAUUAUCUGUGGUACAUAACUAGUGUUGAAGUUGGUUCACAAGAAUCAUUUUUGCGUGGGGGGAACUACCCAACUCUCACUGUGCAGUCAACGGGACAUGCUUUACAUGUCUUUAUCAAUGGACAGAUUUCAGGGUCUGCCUUCGGGUCCAGGGAGAAUAGGAGAUUUACAUUUAACGGAAAAAUUAGCAACCUGCGUGCCGGAACAAACAGAAUUGCACUCCUCAGUAUAGCUGUUGGAUUACCAAAUGUUGGAGCACAUUUUGAAGCAUGGAACACUGGAGUUCUGGGUCCGGUUGUGCUGCAAGGUCUUGACCAGGGGAAAAAGGAUUUGAGUUGGCAGAAAUGGGCCUACCAGGUUGGCUUGAAAGGAGAGACCAUGAAUCUUGCUUCUCCAAAUGGAAUUUCUUCUGUUGAGUGGAUGAGUGCAUCAUUAGUCGAACAGGGACAGCAGCCAUUGACAUGGUAUAAGUCAUACUUUAAUGCUCCUGAAGGAAAUGAACCAUUGGCAUUAGACAUGGGGAGUAUGGGAAAGGGUCAAGUAUGGAUCAAUGGGCAGAGCAUAGGUAGAUAUUGGACUGCUUGGGCCAAUGGUAAUUGCAAUGGAUGUAGUUAUUCUGGAACUUUCAGACCACCUAAGUGUCAAACUGGAUGUGGCCAACCAACCCAGCGAUGGUAUCAUGUGCCACGUUCAUGGUUAAAGCCAACCCAAAAUCUUUUGGUAGUUUUCGAGGAACUUGGUGGUGAUGUUUCAAGAAUUUCACUUGUGAAGAGAUCGGUGACCAGUGUCUGUGCAGAUGUGUCCGAAUGGCACCCCAACAUAAAGAAUUGGCAUAUCGAAAGCUAUGGCAAAACAGAAGAGGUACGCAAACCAAAGGUUCACUUGAGGUGUGCAGUGGGACAAUCCAUCUCUACCAUUAAAUUCGCAAGCUUUGGCACACCUUUUGGCACUUGUGGAAGUUUUCAGCAGGGAACCUGCCAUGCUCCAACCUCAUAUGACAUCUUACAGAAGAAGUGCAUAGGGCGGCAGAUAUGCUCAGUAACCAUAUCCAACAGUAACUUUGGAGCAGACCCAUGUCCGAAUGUGCUGAAGCGACUAUCAGUGGAAGCUGUUUGUGCCCCCACAACUGUGACAACCAGUCAACCCAACUCAAGGGGUUGAAAGGGCUAUUAGGUGGAGGGAAAUGAAGAACUUUCCCUACAUCAAAUUCCAUAUGCUUGCAUUUAACUGUAUAGUUGCACCGACAACGGAGGAAGCUACAAAGAAACAAGCAAAUAAGGAAGAAGAAUUGGAAGGUGAAUUAGAUUCGUAGAAUGCUAAUUUCACUUAUAUUUAUACGGGAGGAAGCUUGAGAUAAGGGUUGUUUGAAGCUGUAGAUGUUUGUUUUCUUAGUUUGUGGGUUAAUAUUGUGGUUAUGUUAAAUAGGGGGUUCUCUAGGUUUGUGAGAUCAGGGUAGACAUCUGGGUCCUUUGUUUUGGUGAGGUACCCAGUUUAGUAGAUUUUAAGUUGUGGUGGUGUCUACCGGCCUUUUAACCGGAAAAUGGUGAAAAUGGGUUCUUUUGAUGACGAAAUUACUGGUCGGCAUUUGUCU